AUGACGGACCGUGUCUUUCAGCUUGUCGGCAGUUGCAACAACUACCCCUGGGGCAAGCAGGGACAGCAGUCGCUUGCCGCCCGGCUCUGCAAGAAAACAGAUCAGAGCUUCCAGAUCAAGGACGAUGAAUUCUACUCAGAGAUGUGGUUCGGGGACUAUCCCGACUACCCUGCUCGCGUUCUAAGGACGGGAGAGCCGCUGAAGGAUGUUCUCGAAAAGAACAAGGAGACCUUACUGGGCAAGAAGGUGAUUGAGAAUCUGGGCGGCCAGCUGCCAUUCCUCCCCAAGAUCCUUUCCAUCGCAAAGGCACUCCCUCUCCAGAUCCAUCCCAACAAAGAGCUUGCCGCCAAACUGCACGCCAAAGACCCCGAUAACUUCACCGACCCCAACCACAAACCCGAAAUUGCCGUCGCUCUCUCCAAAUUCGAGGUGUUUGCGGGGUUCAAGCCCCUAUCCGAAAUCGCUCCCCUUUUCAACCUCCCCGCCCUCCGCAAUUUCGUCCCAGAGGGCAUGCACACCACCCAAUGGACCGACAAAACCCUCCGUGAGGUUACACGCAACUUGCUUAAAGCCGAUGAGGCGACCGUCAAACGUGUCGAAGACCUUCUCCUCGCAACAUCCAAAGCCGACCUCGGUGAAGCAAGGGCAGCCUACAUCCCAGAUUUGCUCCCGCGCCUGCAGAAGCAAUACGGUUCGGGGGAUCCCGGAUCGCUAGUCGCCCUGACAUGCAUGAACUUUAUGGUCCUGGAGCCCGGGGAAGCAUUGUUUAUCCCUGCGGACGGCAUCCACGCCUACCUGAGUGGGGAUAUUGUUGAGUGCAUGGCGAGGAGCAACAACGUGCUCAACUCGGGCUUCUGUCCGCCUGCGGAUAGAAAUGACAUCGACCUGUUCACCGAGACGCUUACAUUCCAGGCGCAUUCUGUUGGUGAUAUCAUCUUGAGGGACGAAAAGACGGGGAAGAGCAAAACGGGGAGGACGAGGGUAUAUGCUCCGCCGAUGAGCGAGUUCAAUAUGCUCAGAGCUGGGCUCAAGGCCGGGGAAGCGGAUGAGAUUUCGGAGAGUGACGGGCCGGGGGUGAUGAUUGUUACAAGAGGAGCUGGGCGGAUGGAGACAGACGGGAAGGCGUUUGAGUUAGAGGAGGGGGCCAUAUACUUCGUUGCGCCUGGGGUGACGGUGAAGUGGGAGACUGACACGGGGAUGGACGUUUAUAUGGCCGUUGUCUGA